GACUGUUUGACUCAGACUCGUUCUGAGAUGAAGGAAAAAGCGCACGUUUUAGACAUUCUAGCGAUUGUUGUGUAGUGUAUUAAAAUGUAACUGUUGCUUAUGGAAAUACUAUUCAUGUUAGAACGUAAAAAACUCUGGUGUUUGCCCUCCACCCUUGGCCACACAAGAUGAGCUGAAAGCAGCGUACAGACGGCUAUGCAUGUUGUAUCACCCAGACAAACAUCGGGAUCCUGAGCUCAAGCGACAAGCUGAGCAGCUUUUUAACCUUGUACAUGAAGCAUAUGAAGUUCUCAGCGACCCACAGGCAAGGGCUAUAUAUGACAUCUAUGGAAAGCGGGGCCUUGACGUUGAAGGAUGGGAGGUGGUGGAGAGAAAGCGAACACCAGCUGAAAUUCGAGAAGAAUAUGAGCGUCUUCAAAAAGAGCGAGAAGAAAGACGGCUCCUGCAGAGGACCAACCCCAAGGGAACUAUCAGUGUUGGCAUCAAUGCCACGGAUCUCUUUGACCCGUAUGAGGAGGACUUUGAUGACAUGGUGGGAGGGGGGAUCCCCCAUGUUGAAAUCAACAGGAUGCACAUAUCACAAUCUAUCGAGGCUCCUCUCACCACAAAAGACACAGCCAUUCUGUCUGGCUCCUUGUCGACACACAAUGGAAAUGGAGGUGGCACCAUUAAUUUGGCCUUGAGAAGAGUGACGUCCUCCAAGGGUUGGAGAGAGAUAGAAAUUGGUGGUGGCGAUGUACACGGACCUCUUUUUGGAAUCAAGAUUUUCAGAAACUUGACCCAUCGGUGCUUCCUGACUGGUCAGGGUGGCCUCCAGUUUUCAUCUAGAGGUGUCCGUCCCAGCGUCACUACAGUUCUGGCCCGUCAUCUGGACAAGAACACGAUGGGAUAUCUGCAGUGGAGAUGGGGGAUUAACUCUUCAAUGAACACCAGCAUAGUGCGCGACACGAAGAGCAGCCAUUUUACCUUUGCAGUUCAGCUUGGCAUCCCUCACACGUUCAUGAUGACAAGCUAUCAGUACAAGUUCCAGGAUGAAGAUCAGACUAAGAUAAAAGGAUCACUCAAAUUUGGGUUUUUUGGGACUGUGUGUGAGUAUGGAGCUGAACGGAAGAUCAGUCGACACAGUGUUCUGGGUGCUACUGUCAGUGUUGGUGUGCCUCAGGGUGUCUCCCUCAAGAUCAAGCUGAACAGAGCCAGUCAGACGUACUUCUUCCCGAUUCACUUGACCGACAAUCUCCUGCCCAGUGCGGUAUUUUACGCCACAGUCGGACCACUGGUUUUUUACCUCGCCAUGCAGCGGCUCAUUAUCCAGCCUUACAUGCGAGCCCAGAAGGAGCAAGACCUGGAGAAGCAGCGUGAGAGCUCGGCCUCUGACAUCGCCAGGAAGAAGCAGGAGGCUGAGUCUGCAGUCUUGCUCAUGCAGGAGUCUGUGCGAAGGAUUAUUGAGGCAGAAGAGUCAAGGAUGGGUCUCAUCAUCCUGAACGCUUGGUAUGGCAAGUUUGUCACUGACAACAGCAGAAAACACGAGAGGGCAAAGGUCAUUGACGUGACCGUGCCACUGCAGUGUCUAGUCAAAGACUCAAAACUCAUCCUAACGGAGGCCAUCAAGUCUGGACUUCCAGGGUUCUACGACCCCUGCAUCGGGGAGGAGAAGAGCCUAAAGGUGCUGUAUCAGUUCCGUGGUGUCAUGCAUCAGGUCCUUUCGGGAGACACAGAACCACUCAGGAUACCAAAGCAAUCUCACAGGAUCGACACAGACACAUAAGGAGCCGCCGCUGACCAACAAAAUAGACUAAUCUCUGACAGAAGAUGGAUGGACCUUUUGUUUUAGCUACGACUUGGAUGCAGCUACGUGUUACUCGGUCAAUGCAUUUAUCUUUACAUGCAGGAGGAUCACAGAAUGGAUUGAUUCUCGCUCUGUAGCCACAGACAGGAUUGUUUGGUAUUCAAAUGUGACACCACAAUCAAUGCGCAACAUCUAAACUCCUGUCCUCCAGCGUCUUUGUUGUCCAUUUAUUUUUGUGGGGGUGUGACAAAAGAUGUACCUAAUUUGUACACAAACUGCAGUGCCUAUGUGAUUGAAAAUAUAAUUACAACUCUAUCCUCUUGCCAUGUGAUUCAAAUGUGCUCUUCCAUUUUCUUCCAAAUUUAAAAUAUGUUUCUUAUAUUCGUGCAUUCACAUUAUAUUUUGAGAGAUGAAGAUGAAAAAAAAAGAAAUUCUGUGUGAAGUAAAAGAUUGAGUCUGUGAAAGAGGCUGUUUCCUUCAAGGUCUGAGUGGGUGGAGUAAGCUGGCUGUCGGAAUGCACUUUUGCUUUCAGAUUUAGUCACCUUGAUUUCAAGCUCGGUGGGGAAACUUGUCAGACAUGAUUCAGCAGCUAAAAAGGGUGAGGAGACACCCACUGCCCGCCCUGGUUAUUUAAACAUAAACAUGUCCCACCGUAAGGCUGCUCUGAUCCUGCUUUG